CGAUUUGCAGAUCCAGGUCCAUUGGGAUUGUGUUCGUUUGCUUUGACCACAUUGUUAUUCUCAUUCACCAAUGCCAGAGCCAUGGGCGUUGAAAAGGAAAACAUCGUUGCCGGACUAGCAUUUUUCUAUGGUGGAUUCAUUCAAUUUGUUGCUGGAGUCCUAGCAUUCAUCGCCGGUGAUACUUUUGGCUGCUGUGCAUUUGCCUCGUAUGGAGGUUUUUGGAUGUCCUGGGGUGCCAUCCACACCGAUGCCUUUGGAAUCAGAUCUGCUUAUGGCGAUGAUGUCCAGCAAUUCAACAAUGCCAUGGGUUUCUUCAAUAUCUCGUGGGCAAUCUUGACGUUCAUGAUGGCUCUUUGCACCUUGAAAGGCAGCUGCUACUUUUGCUCGUUACUAUGGUUGGUUGUUGUUGUCUUCACAGUCAACGGUACAUCCAAAUUCACAAACUCAGUUUCCUGUGCCAGAGCCGGAGGUGUGUUGGGUGUCAUUGCAGCAUUCCUAGCAUUUUUCAUAGCCUUCAAUGCCUUGUCAACAGAAGAAAAUUCGUACAUUCACAUCAGAACCAUCAUGAUGCCA